AUGGCUGUUCGACCGUCGCGAGGCAAUGUUGUCCUGAUUACAGGAUGCAGCGACGGGGGCAUUGGUGCGGCGCUGAGUAAGGCCUUCCAUGAAGCCGGCUGUACCGUGUUCGCCACCGCACGGCGCCUGGAGGCCAUGGCCAGCCUCCGGGAGUUGGGCAUCCGGACGGUGGCUCUGGACGUGACCAACGAUGAUUCCGUCAAGACUGCCGUGUCGGCAGUGCUGGCGGAGGCAGGUCGCAUUGAUAUCCUGGUCAACAACGCGGGCAUGGGUCUGGUGGCACCGGUGGCGGAGGUGGACAUACAGGAAGCACAGGAGGUGUUCGACACCAACUACUGGGGUACGUUGCGGAUGGUGCAGGCAGUAUCUCCACACAUGGCCACACGGCGCAGUGGGCUCAUCUGCAACGUCGGCAGUGUGGUGGGCUUCAUCAGCACGCCCUGGGGUGCUAUCUACUCAUCCUCCAAAGCCGCCGUGCACUCGCUGACGGACGCGCUGCGGCUGGAGAUGCGUCCCUUCGGCGUGCGCGUCGUCCUGCUGGCCCCGGGAGCUGUCAAAUCUAAUAUUGGAACCAACAACCUUAAGCGUUUUGGCGGCCAGUUCACCCUGUACGCGCCGUUCGUGGACGUCAUUCGCGAGCGUACCGUGAUGAGCCAGGGUACGGAGUCCAUGCCCACGGACACCUUUGCUCGCCGCGUUGUGCGAGAGCUUCUGCGGCCCUGCCCGCCGCGGCGUUUCCUACUGGGUGGCUUUGUGCCGCUGAUGAAGGUUGUCAUGUGGUGGCCGCUGUGGCUGAAGGACUGGCUGCUCAAGCGCACCUUCAAGAUGAAUACGGUGCGGCUGCCGGCGUCGCCAGUGGCGCCUGUCGCAGCGGGCGCAAAGAAAUUAGACUGA